AUGCAGUCGGGAAUCUCAGUCUCCGCGGAGCUGCAAGAUGCCUUCGCCCGCUUCAGCUCCGACAACACGAGCUUCUGCCUGCCCGUAACAAUCACCUCCGAGAGGCUGACUCCGCUCGACGCAAUCCCCUUCCCGGGCUCCUCGUCCAGCCCGGAAGACUUCUUCUCCGCCCUGCCGUCUCUCUCUUCCGUCCUGCAGCCCAAGACCCCAAUCUACCUCCUGCUCCGCCGCCCCCGGCCCUCCUCCUCUGCCCUCGUCGCCCUCACGUACAUCCCUUCCAAUGCCCCCGUUCGCCCGAAGAUGCUCUUCGCCUCCACCCGCCAGACGCUGACCCGCGAACUCGGCACGGAGAAGUUCGCCUCUUCCGUCUUUGCUACGGAGGAAGAGGAGAUUCUGGGCCGUGAGGCCUGGCGCGAGCGAGAUGGCGAGACAACGGGCGGGUUUCGGCGGGAGGAUCUGAUGGAUGAUAAGGAGCGAGAGCUCGAGGCUGUGAGGAAGGCUGAGGCCGAGGCUCGGAAUAGUACCCGACACCGGGAUAUCGGCAUUGGGGGCACAUUUGGGCCUGGUUCUGGGUCUGGCUCCGGCGUUGCUAUGCCUGUUGACGAGCAGGCGAAGGCUGCACUGAAGGAGCUUCAGAGCGGUGGGCUUGUACAGCUGACGGUAGAUGUUCGCACGGAGACGGUGCAGCUUGUCGAAGCUAAGGCGGAUGUGGAUCCUGGCUCGGUCGCUAGCCACAUCUCCGAGAAGUCGCCCCGGUAUUCAUACUACCACUACCCCGGCACAGAAGUUGUUGUGUUUCGGGUCUUCGAUCAAAGAGCGCAUGGUGCACGCCAGCUCGCGAGGACGGCGAUCACGAUUGCCGAGAACGAAGGGCUGAAAAUCGAGAAAAAGAUCGAGGCUUCCUCGCCAGACGAAAUCACAGGCGAACGGUUGCAGGAAGAAGUGAGCCCGUCGCAGAAUCAUGCCGCUGCUCGAGGAUUUGCCCGCCCGAAGCGUCCUGGCCGAUAA